UAGUUAAUAUAAUGUAUAAAGAGAACGCACUAAAACAGUAAAUACCGUAUGUAUUUAAAUAGUCUACAUUGCAUUCAGACUUUUAAUGUUUUAUUCUGACUGUCUUACUUUGAAAGGGUGUUUCCGGUUUGCGGGGCGUCUCUUAUCGAAGAAGAAACGUCGAACGGUGCAUUUGAAAAUUUGUUUUUUUCAGUUAUUUGGAAAUCUGAAAAGACUUCCAAAUCCGAAAGGAGUAAAGUGACAAAGCUUUGCUUUCGCUACCGGAAACGGAAUUUAAGAAGACGAACGAUCAUUACCGCGACCAAUUGCAGCAGCAUGUGAAAAUCGGACACUGCCAUACUCCCGAUUGGCUCGGACUAAAGAGCGAGUACUUCCUGGAGUGAAAUGUCGCUCUUCUUUUCCGGAGCGGUGACCAGUUCGCCAAUCAAACGACGGCUGAGAUCUAGCCCCGCCCACCGGAGCCCGGACGUGUCCUUGCUGUCUCCUGACUCCUCCUACGUAUGCUACACGCCGGAGGGCGGCGCCCCGUCCGUCUGCUGCCGCCGCUCGCCACGCCUCCUCACCAACGGCUACUACGCCGUGACCGACGACAGCUUCCUGUGGGACGAGGACGGCAAUGUGUCGUUGACGCCGUGUGCCGCUAGCGUGUCCUACAAGGAGAAUCUUUUCAGAGUGUUCCGGAAGCGGCGGCGUAAAAGCGUCACGAGCGCCCUGGCUACUCUGCUGAGCGACGUGACCGAGAGUUGCCAGACGUGGCUGGACGACCGAAUCUUGGCGGGCGUCUUUCGUUCGGACCGGGACCUUAAGACAAAACCGGCCAGGGAGGAAGAAUCUCAUUGGCCGGCGGAUGACGGCGGCAGCUGCGAUUUCUUCACUUACGACCCCCACCGAGUGGAGCCUCCUUGGGAAAAGGAGGCCCCGCCCCCCAAGAUGAUGAUCCAGGAGGAGAUUGGCUCGGAAAUCUGUCAAGGGAGCAAACGCUUGGACCAGCCGCAAGGCGGACUCUUGGAGGUCCCGCCACCUCCCGCCUUCCACGGCGACGCUUGGCGCCAACCGCGACGCCGCACGCAACCCUCAGGCUUAUUGCUACUCACUAUUUUCACCCUCGUUUUGGCCGCCGUAGUCGUCACGACCGUCUCCUUCACUGGGGGCUUGACGCGGAUCGCCGUGGGCGCGCUGACGGCAGCUCUCGCCAUCGUGGCGGCAUGCGUUUGUGAUCGCGGCUCGGCUCGGCGCACCAAGACAGAGGACAUCACUUCACGCAACGAGUGACCACGCCGACACGCACUCAUUUAUUUUAUGUAUUCAUUUUAAAAGAUAUUUUGAAUGAGUUUGUUACUAGUAGAUGUCCAAUCCAUUUGAAGUGGGAGGACCCUUUGACAGAGAUAGCUACGGACCCCUUAAAGGGACAUCGACAGAAAUAUAUUUAAACCAUCUGGUGCGCACCAGAAAACUAUUUGGUGUGCACCAGAAAGCUCCCUUUCCUACGAAUUGACAUAUAACACAAACUGCAGGCGUGCAUCGGAGACCAGCAGUUUCGGUGUGCACACCAAUAGUUUUUUUCGUGCGCACCAGAUUGUUUCUGGUACGCACCAGAUAGUAUGUGGUGUGCACCACAUACUAUUUGGUGUGCACCAGAUUGUUUCUCAUGCGCACCGGAUUGUUUCUCGUAUGUACCACAUAGCUCUUAGUGCGCACUACAUACUACCUGGUGCAUGCCAGAUUAUUCCUUGUGCGCACCAGAAACUAUUUGGUGCGCACCAGAAAGUUCCCUUUUAUAGGCCACAAACUGCAGGGACGCAUCGGACACCAGUAGUUUCAGUGUGAGCACCAGUAGUUUUUUCGUGCGCACCGGAUUGUUUCUGGUAAGCACCGGAUAGUUUCUAGUGCGCACAACAUACAAUCUGGUAUGCACAUUCUAUGUGGUAUGCACCAGAUUUUUUCUAAUGCACACUCGGUAGUUUCUAGUGUACACCAAAUUCUAUGUGGUAUGCACAAGAUAGUUUCUCGUGCCCACCAAUAGUUUUUCUCGUUCGCACCAGAUCGUUUUUAGUGUGCACCACAUACUAUCUGGUGUGCACCAGAUAGUUUCUCAUGCGCACCAGAUAGUUUUUAGUGUGCACCACAUACUAUCUGGUAUGCACAAGAUUGUUUCUUGUGCCCACCAAUAGUUUUCUCGAGCGCACCAGAUUGUUUCUGGUAAGCACCAGAUACUAUCUGGUGUGCAACAGAUAGUUUCUCAUGCGCACCAGAUAGUUUUUAGUGUGCACCACAUACUAUCUGGUAUGCACAAGAUUGUUUCUCGUGCCCACCAAUAGUUUUCUCGUGCGCACCAGAUAGUUUUUAGUGUGCACCACAUACUAUCUGGUGCGCACCAGAUUGUUUCUAAUGCACACUUUGUAGUUUCUAGUGCACACCACAUUCUAUGUGGUAUGCACCAGAUGGUUUCUAAUGCGCAAUAAUAGUUUUCUCGUUCGCACCAGAUCGUUUUUAGUGUGCACCACAUACUAUCUGGUGCGCAGCAGAUUGUUUCAAAUGCACACUCGGUAGUUUCAAGUCCUCACCACAUUCUAUGUGGUAUGCACCAGAUUGUUUCUCAUGCGCACCAAUAGUUUAUAGUGCGCACUACUUACCAUCUGGUGCGCACCAGAUGGUUUAAAUUUAUUUUAUUUCUGACAAUGUCCCUUUAGGGGCUCCGUAGAUAGAUGUCCAAUCAUGUGGAUCAUUGAGUUAAUUGCUAUUCGCUGCCAACCAUCCCACUUCAAAUGAAUUGGGCGUCUAUAGCCGUCAAUGGCAGGUGCUUUGACAUUGAUGAAAUUAUCUUUUACAAGCGGGUUGAGAAAUAAGCUAGUUAUGACGUCAUAUUUUAAUGAUAAUGAAUUGACCCUGGUUGGGAUUGUCGCCCCAACCAACAUGGCCGCCCGUUGGAAAGGUCUUUUAAUGCUUCGGAGUGUUUUUGAAUGUGGACAAAGAUUUGUAUGUGUGUUUGAGAAUAUGAUUUUUAAAAAAAUUUUGUAACUCAUUGGCUGUCAUGGACAGCAUUUGAUUGCUGCCACCUUCUUCAAUGACAGAUGCGGGAGGAUUAUUUUGGUUGUGUGAAAGGUUAUCAGGUGAAUGUAAAGUUUUUUUUUUUUUAGUGUGCAAUGUUCUUUCUAACCUACUGUGCACAUACAUUAUUUUUAAAAGCACUUAUUCAUGUAUUAAUGACUUGUAUUUAUAUCAGCUAAUGGAAAUUGGAUAGCACAUGAUUUUUUUUUAAAGCACUUAUUCACGUAUUAAUGAAUUGUAUUCCUAUUAGCCAGUCAAGUAUUUCAUUAACAUUGUUUAGCGUUUCACAUCGACAUAUCGAUUUGAUACUUUUAUAUUCUUCCAUAAUAAAUGCUUUUCGUCUUGA